GCAGAGGUAGAAAUUAAGGCGGUAGCCGCCAUCGUCAAGUGACUGCUGUGGUGUGGGUAGCGGCAAAAAGGACCCGAUCGGCAAGCAAAACCUCCACUCCAGUAUAUAUCAUGCUCGAUUUCAUUUCAUCAAUCGUGCAGGCACCACCCUCUCUUAUCCUCUCCUCCCACUCGCCUCGCACGCUCGCUCCCCAAAAUUCUCCGCCUCCUCAGCGGCGCGGCGUGCUGCGGCGUUGCCCUAGCUCCCCGCCCGGUCGCCGUCGCUUCCGCCGCGCGCUAUGCCAUGAGCAAAGACCUCGAGGAUGGGCAGGGCGCCGUCGAUAACGUUGUUGCGGCAGCAGCUGGAGGAGGGGAGGGGAGCAGCGAGGCGGCCGGCGGCGGCGGCGGCGGCGGCGGGGACGCGCACGACAACGACGUCGUGAUGCCGGGGUUCCGGUUCCACCCCACGGAGGAGGAGCUGAUCGAGUUCUACCUCCGGCGCAAGGUGGAGGGCAAGCGCUUCAACGUCGAGCUCAUCGCCUUCCUCGACCUCUACCGUUUCGACCCAUGGGAGCUCCCCGCAAUGGCGGUGAUGGGCGGGAAGGAGUGGUUCUUCUACGUGCCGAGGGACCGCAAGUACCGGAACGGCAGCCGGCCGAACCGGGUGACGGCGUCGGGGUACUGGAAGGCGACGGGCGCCGACCGGAUGAUCCGCGGCGAGAACAACCGCCCCAUCGGGCUCAAGAAGACGCUCGUCUUCUACUCCGGCAAGGCCCCCAAGGGCGUCCGCAGCAGCUGGAUCAUGAACGAGUACCGCCUCCCACCGCCAGCAACCGACGCUGACCCCUUGACCCCCAAGUCCGAGAUCUCGCUCUGCCGCGUCUACAAGCGCUCUGGCAUCGACGAUGGCCAUGGGCAGUCAUCCUCCAGUACCCAAGCUUCCUCAGGGCGGCGGAUCUCCUCCCGCACCAGCGUGCCGACCGGUCGGCAUGGAUCCUCACCGUCUUCCACGCCGCUGUCGCCGACGCAGCAGCUGAGCAGCUUCCAUCUACUCCAAGGGGAAUGCUCGUCUGCCUCACCGCCGGCGCCCAUCAUGGACCAAGUGGUCACCUUGCAAACUGCGCCGCCGCUUCUGCCUCCCCCAAGGCCGCCAUGCACGUACGCGCCGGCGGCGACGAUAAGAUCAACAGCGGCAGUUGCGCCGGCGCAACGGGCGCAGGGCGCGGCGGCCAUCAUCCCCUCCUCCACGUACUCACGGCUCAACAUGGCCGCCGCCGGCGCUGCGCCUAUGGCCGGCAGCUCAAGGCCCAUCGAUGAGCUGAGCACGCUGGUUGGUCCCGGUCCCAGCCAGGCCUACGCUAACCUCGCAGCCGUGACGGGCAGCCACUUCCUCCCCUUGAUGCCCGCGCCACCGCCGCCGAUGCCACAAAUGACGCCGCUCGGCGCGCUGCCAAUGGUGGCGCCGCCACCGCCUUCUGUCACCGACAAGCUCAGCUGGGAUUGGAACCCGCCGGUCCCUGACACGACAGCCCGAGAUUACAAUGCUUCUGGUUUUAAGUGAGCCCAAACUCACUGUUAAAUUCUGAAAACCUGCCAUCAGUGUAGGCUAACAUAUAUAUACACUCUUCAAUCAGUUGACAGAGAUUACAAUAUAUCAAGAAUACUAAAUGGAUUUUUCAGGAACUGAAGAUAGUUGUUGGGUUGUAAGCACACAAUGAGAUCAUUUUAAACAUCAGCAUCAGCAAAUGCAAGUUUAUUAAUUCACUGCCGAUUCUUCCA